CAGAUAAGGUGAUCGCCACAAGACUCCACACACGCGUACACCGAGUCCAUAUUUCUUCCUGCUUCACUCACAAUUCAACAAAACCACCAACAAUGGCGACCCUGCAGAACUCACCCUCCCUCCACAGGACCCCUGUCCUUAACUCCUUCACCAAGCUACACAGGCAAAGCACAUUCCAUUGCUGUAGAAAAAGUAAUUCUUUUCUGGUAAGAGCAGAUCAGGCUUCAGCAACUUCUACAUGCUCUCCUUCUCAAGAUAGAUCCGGGAGACGCCAAGUGCUAGCAGCAGGAACAGUUGCUUCUUGGGUUCUUCUAACCAACCAACAUUCUGUAUCAUUUGCUGCAGAAAAUAAAAAGGGAUUUAUUCCUGUCACCGACAAGAAAGAUGGAUACGAAUUUGUCUACCCUUUUGGAUGGCAGGAAGUAACCAUCGAAGGUCAAGACAAGGUGUUCAAGGAUGUCAUUGAGCCAUUAGAGACUGCGAGUGUGACACUGUUCCCAACCGUCAAGCAAGAUAUCAAAGAAUUCGGGUCACCGCAGCAGGUGGCUGAAACUUUGAUCAAGAAGGUUCUGGCUCCUCCUACCCAGAAAACAAAGCUGAUGGAGGCCGUAGAGCACGACAUCGAUGGGAAAACAUAUUACACAUUUGAGUUCCUUGCUAAGGCUCCAAACUAUACUCGCCACGCUCUCAGCACAGUAGCUAUCGGCAAUGGCAACUUCUACACCUUGACGACGGGGGCUAACGAGAGGAGGUGGGAAAAGAUGAAAGACAAGUUACACACCAUCGUCGAUUCCUUCAAGCUUUUCAAAGUCUUCGAUUAACAAUUUGAUUGAGGAACGGCUCACGUUGGGUUGCAGUUUGCAAACUAUAUACUGAUAUGAGGCCAAAAUCAAAUUUUCUUUUAAUUUUGUACUUUGAGAGUGUAGGAGAGUGGAAAGAUCAUUUUUUCUUCUGAAGAAAUAUAUUCAUUCAGAUAUGAAAUAUCUGUUAGUUAGUGUA